AGGAAGAUGUUGAACGAACAAGGUGAAACAAUUUUGGGCUGUGUAAAAUAUUUGUAAUGAGGACAUAGGCCAUAACAAGUACUACUAUAAAUUUUAACUCUUAUAACAAGACGAGCUUGGUAUAUAUCCUAUAUACUUUCCAUCCCUGUCGAGGGUUUAGUGUGGAGUAUGGUAUUCUUUUGCGAAAGUUUUGAACAGUUUUCAGACAAACAUUAUGCAGGAAUCUGUAAAUCUUUAGAUUUUUAAAGGUGUGUAUCCUUGCCGUAACAAUUUCAGAAAUAACAAAGCACACAUACGUGAUGGCCUUGCUGUUGGUAGCCGUGUAGGAUAAUGUUAUCUAUGAAGUUGCAUAUUCGUUUCAAAACUGGAACACAUGGUGUUAAUAAUGUGAUAUGAGUAAUAUGAUAUUUGAUAAUAUUCUUGGAACUGCAAUUGGUUUGCAUGGCAAAGAUAUGCCAAUAUCUUAUAUAAGUGAUUAUCGCUGCGGAGAGUAAGUGCAUCGGUGAUGAUGGAGGGUAUUGAACAUCGGUUCUCCCAUUCUUAAACAGUAUACACCAUUUUCGGAGACGGGCUGCAUUCUUACACCUUCGCCAUAAGUGGUAACAAGUCUGUGGUGAAUAUCACAGGGUCUAAUGUUUUCCACCUUCAAAAAAGGAAUAUCACCUUGCACUUCAGUUGGCGGAAUUUGCAUUUAGCACAGCCAUGGUCACAGAUAUUUCUGCACUUACCAUGUGACAAGAUCCAAUUUAACAACCACGUGUGGCAACUGUCCACUUCAGACUAACACCAGGAACCAAUGAGCAGCUGCCUCAAGACAUGUGCACGGACUAGAAGUGCAAAUGUUCUUUACUUCCUGGGUGGCCCUCAUAUAUAAACUGAGGAGAGGAACAUUCCCAUAAUUCUUUGAACUGUCUGAUGCUAAAGAAAACAAGUUGCAGGAAUAAAAAACCCUUGACUACCUUUUGCAUUCUGAGGGCAAGAAAACUAUGAAUAAUGCCAUCCAGUUCAAAUGACCAUAAAUGAUGCAAACAUGAAAGAGGCACUGCGAAAUUUUAUGAAGAAACAUGGCACACACAUUCGUUAGUGCCAGUUUGCUGUAGCUCCAAGUGAAUUUGGAGGAGUGACUGCGAUGGCAAAUGUGUUCGCAAGAAAAUGUCUACGAAUUGUUGUUGCUGCACUAUGCCAGACGAUUGGUUGGAGGAAGAUAAAACCAACAUCUAUGGAAGUACUGAUUGAUCUUCUAGAACAUUAUAUCAAAAGCCUUGGUAAGGGAGCUCAUGAGUAUGCUGAACAACGUGGUUCAACAGUUCCAGUUCUUGAAGAUCUUGCUCUUGCUCUUAGUGAUGCAGGAGUUACUAUCCCUCCUCUAGAGGAGUAUAUUCAUGAAGUUGGCCAAGUUCCGUGGCCUGAGAACAGUGGCACUACCUCUUCUGGUGCAGUCCCAGUCUUCCCAGUGCAAGUGCCUUCCCGCCGUAAUGGAGUGGAACAACAUCUUCAGUUCUUCGACAGUUGGGCUGAAUCAGAAGAUGAAUGCUGUAGCCAUCUGGUACCACCCACACAGCAUACAGAUUCAAAUGUUGGUGUAUAUCCAUCUGAAGUUUCAGUUGAUGUCGCAGGAGGAUCUUGUAAGGCUGAGGAUAUAUCCAGAUCAACAGACAAUAUACCUCAGGCAUCACAAGCCUCAGUGGUGGCGAUGACAGAAUGUGGUAUCCUCUCAGCAUCACGUGAUGGUAGACAGCCAUCUGCUCGCAGGCCAACUACACCACCUCGAUAUUCGCCAUCUCCUGACAGACAGCGUGCUUUGAGUGGCUUCCAUACAAAGAAGGAAAAGAAAAAAAUUAAAGGGAAGGAGAACACAGGAGUUAGUAAAACAAAAAUCAAAACUGUUUUAGGGAUGGGUAAGGUAAGACCUCCACCUGAAUGUUCCUCUGGACAAAGCAUUGACUCAGCUUUUACUUCAAGAUUUUGUGACAAAACACAACCAUUCAAUUCACAAAAAUACAUUAAUUCUAAGGGGAAUCCAUUGAAUUCUAUGACUUCAAAGGAUAUUCUGCAACAUUCUCAUCAUGUGGAUAAAAAAUCCUUAACCCUUGCAUCAGCAAAAGAGAGAAAUCCUAAGCCAUUACAAUUACCUGGUGCAAAGCAUAUUUCAACGGACAAUAAAUUGGCAUUCAAGCACAAUAUGCAACCUGUGCCUGGUGCUACAUCUUAUAAAGAUAGUUCUGAUUUUGGACCAGACACAACUGUUAAUAAUCUGCUACCUCAGUGUAAAAAAUUAGGGGAUAAACCAAAGUCUGAACCACUUGAGAGUUCGCAGUGGAGCGAUGUUCCUAUUAAAAAAGAACCCAUGGAUGUAAAUCCUGUAACAGGUGAUCAAACUUCAUCUACUCUUAAUUCAAAUAAUUUAAUGCCUCAAAAGUCACAAAUUAAGACUGAAAUUACAAUUAAUAAUAAGGAAGGAAAGAGCUCAUUAGAUGAUGGAAGUCUCACAUGCACUCCAAAAGAAAUUGCUAAACCUUUGUUAUUGAUAGAUCCCCAAUCAGUAAAGACUGUAGAUAAGUCUGAGCCUAUCAAUCACCAAAGGAACAGUCCAAAGUGUGUAGGUGGUAAUUCUGCUGAAACUCAGUCAACUGUUGAUCCUAUUGAGAAUAAGCAACCAAAAAUUACUAAGGUCACAGAUACUGCCGUUACACCAUCUUCGACAUAUAAAAGCAAUAGCUUAGCUACAGUUGUGGAUAUGAAUAUCAACGAGAGAAAUAAACCUGUAUCCAAGGAAAGAACUUCCCAUCUUCCUGUGCCAGCUGAUAAAUUAAGAGAAAAGCAAGAUAAAAAGACUGAAACUGCAACUCCGUCAAAAAAUCUGCUCAAUUCCUCUACAAAAUCAUCCACAAAAGAAGCAUGCACAAGCAAUAAAGGGAACCUUUCUAGUAAAAAAGUGAAACAUGCUGGAUCAUUUUCUAAACUCCCCCAGAAAACAGGUAGCCAAUGGGAUACUACUUUAGAUAAUCUAUUUGCUCCAGACAUUGUCCAAAAGAAGAAAAAGUGUGACAUUGUCAAGGACAAAGAUCAUAAAUCAAACACUACCAAGGGAACAGAUCUCAUACGUGCACAGAAGGUACCUCCAGUUACAAAUGAAGUACAGAAGCUGCACAGUGAUAAAGGAAUCUCCCAGCCCCCAGUUGUGAAUAAAGUUGUGGGAAAUGAUACAACAAAACCCAACAAAACAAGUAAGGUAAUGACACCUGCUAAUACGGACAUUAAAGGAAAGGAAAAAGAAUGUGUUUCAAGUAAGAGAACAUCUUCUGUUACAACAGAAGAGUCAUUGUCAAAGCACUCGCAUAAAAGGGUGAAAGAAGAAAUACCUAGUUCAACUAAUAUGCCCACUUGGCGUGUAAGGGCAGCUCUCAUUUAUAGCAGUAGCAGUGACUCAGAAAUUGAUGUGGUGAAACCAGCUAAAGCUUUAUUUGGAACACCAUCAGCUGUAAGAAUCACAGAAACACCGAAAACACCACGUACUCCAGAUGUUCCUACAGGAAUCUCUGUACAUUCUAGAUGUAAAAAAGUUAUAAGUGAUGCCCAAGAGGUACAGCUUGGCUUAGAUUUAGGCACUCCCCCACCUGCAAGACCACCAACACCGGGUAAAGUGACACCUCCUGUUGUUGAAAUAGGCAGAGAGAAGCACAAACAUAAGAAAAAGAAAAAGAAGCAUGAAAAGAAACAUAGCCCAAAGAAAGAAAAGGUACAGUUGGAUGGAGAUAAGGUUCACUCAAAAAGUGAUUUAGUGGCUGCAGAAGGUCUGAUGCAGUUAACAUCAUUCUCAGGUGAUAAACGGUCUGGUGAUCUGUCGCACAAAGAAACUGUUUCCGGUGCGAAGAGAAAACACAAACAUUCAGCACUGACAGAACACUCCAAAAAGCGCCAUGGGUUGUCAGCAUCAUUACCUGUGGCACCAUCUUCACCUGUUGUUAUUCCUUCUGUCUCGCAACAACCCUCGCUUCCCAAAGUUCAAGUACCAGUGAAUGGCCUUCCUGUAACUAUUUCAGAUGAUGGUCCUGUUGGAUUCUAUUUUGAUGAAUCUGGCAACCGUGUUUGGGUGUGCCCUUCAUGUGGUGGACAAGAUGAUGGUAGCCCAAUGAUACGCUGCGAUGACUGCUAUGCAUGGUACCACUGGGCAUGUGUAGGAAUUGACUCUGCACCAGAUGAAAAUGUUGAUUGGUUUUGCUCAUAUUGCUUUUCCAAAAAUGAUAGGCAGAUGAAGAAACAUAAAAGUUCUUCAGUCCACCGUAAAAAAUCUCAUAGCAAAUCUUCGAAAAAAUGAUAUACUCGUGUACCUGAAGAAAUUAUAUUAACACUUUUGAAGGGUUUAAGGUCGUGUCUUUUGUUUACAUGUUAAAUGCAAAUCCUGUUUUUUAAUGAUGUGAGUGAAACGGAUACAUAUAUAUCAUCUGUGGUGUAGAAAGGUGAGUUGUGAAAGUUGUUUUCAAAUCAUUUGAAAAAUAGAUUUCAUUUUGUUAAAAGCUGUAGUAAUGCAUCCUUUUGACAUAUUAUUUCUGGCUACUUGAAUUGUGUGUUUUUUUUUCUGUUGCCACUGUGAUAUUCCUUCCAGUCCAUCUGUAUUAUUAGUACAAAACCUGUAAGUCAUUGCUAUGAAGAAAGUAUUUUUGUGAGUGCAGUAAUUGUAGAAUUUACAAAAGACUGAACCUUUUAAAAGUUACAGAUUGUUUAUCCAUCAUUUUACAGCUUUUGAUGGUUUUUUUGUCUGCAUACUUCAUAAUUACAUAAAUUUUGUACAGUGGUUAUUGGUUUGUAACUUUGACUGAUACUGCUAGAUGUGCCUCUAAGGAAAACAUAAAACUAAAACAGAGCACUAAUUCAGUUAUUUGAUGUAUUAGAAUGAUGAUUAUUUUCCUGUGCAUGUUAUGCACCAAAGAAUUUUGUACUGUUACCUAUGAAAGCAAGCUUUAAAGAUAAAACUUCCUCUGAUAAGACUGUAUUUUUAUAUGUUUCCAUUGUCAUUUGCUAUAAUGGUUUAAUUUGUGUAUGUGUUAAUGAAAUGUGUUUGUAAUCCAUGCCAAAAUGUUUUGUAAUUAGAAAGUGUGUGCAAAACCUUGCUUAUGUUAAGAAAUAAACUGUUAUAUUUGUUUUAAUUGUUAUUUGUAGUUGUACUGUGAUAAAAAGUGGAUAUUGUUAAAUAUGUCAGAGGAAAGUUAUGUUUUUGUACCAUAUUUGUUUAAUGUUUUGGUACAUUGUUACAGAAAAUAUAAAAAGUAUUGUUCAGAUAUAUUCAGCAAUAAGGUAAUAAACAUAACUUUAGUCUUAAUGUUCUGUAAUAUAAAGUCAUUAUGUGGCAUAAAAAUAUGCUGGCACUUACGUACUUUAUAAUUAAUUUAUGUAUAUCCAGAGAUUUAUUUAUUUAUAUCCUACAACAUAGUGACACAUUACAUUUGGGUCGAUUAAGGUCCCAGAAUAAUUCUUUUUAAGAAACCUAAAAUGUUUUUGUGGGAACCCCUAAAAACUGGAAACUAAACAAGAACGUCCUGCUAAUGAUUCCAAUUUCAGCCAUAUUUGCACUCUCUCUCUCUCUCUCUCACACACACACAAAAUACACAUAUGUCUGUAUGUUCAGUAAUUGGAAAUCAACCAAAUUUCUUCAAAAAUAUUGGUGUCUUCAUUAUUUAGUUAUUGUCAAAAUAAAAAGGCUUAUACUUUGUGAUGGCUGUUCUGUAAAGUCAGUGUUCACAUUUCAUUUGGAGAGCAUUAAUUAGUUUGUGAUUCAUCUUUGUUGUGACUGUAAGUUUACAGUUCUUACUCUUAAUUAUGGAUGCACAAUUUUCUUACAUCCAGACUUAAGUACGUGAUUGAAGAGAUGUCACUGGUUUAUAAGAGCAAGUUGCAGGUUUGAGGGGACCUGUCAGCUGAUUGGAUAAUUCUUAAUUUUUCAAUUUUUAACUUGUGGCAUUAUAUAAAGCCCAUAAAUUUAAUUUCCACACUGUAUAGCUUCAUAUUCUGUGUAUGGAUUAGAUGGUACUGUCUACCAGGAUAGAAAGUUCUUGGUGGUGGUGGUGCCCAACUUGGCAUUUCAAUAAAUCAGUAACCAAGCAGGAAAAACAUAGCAUGUACUGCCUCCAUUAAUGCAAAGUAAACCUGAUAAUUCAGCGUCAUUUGGUGUGUCUUACAAGGCCUGCUGGUUUUUUGUUUUAAAAAUAACUUUAAAUGCUCUGCUAUGCACUGUAUUAUGGCUUGCAAAGUAUAAGAUAUAGUUUUUACUAAUGACUUUCAGCCACAAUAUGGUGUAUUUGUUAAACAUAACAAAAUGAACACACACAAAAAAGAUAAUUUUUAUAAUGCAACAGUUUCUGAAGUGGCAGUACCAACUUGUUCCUUUCUGAAGCAUUAGAAAUCGAACGAAGAAAGGGGUGGGAGAAUAUUGGAAAUAACUCAGUUGGUCUAAGUUAAAAUGACUUGUUUGCUCCACUUUUUGACUACUUGAGAUGAACUCGUACAACAUGAGAAUGGUAUUUUCCCUAUUUUAAUUUAAACAUUAAAGAAUGGCCUCAAAAUUCUUUCUCCUCCUAAAAAGUCAUUGAAAUGCUGCACAUUCGUAUCACCAGAAAACUGAAAUAAAAUAAUUUCAUUGUAUCCUUAUUGUUUGUGUUAAUAUUUGUUUCUGUUGAAAAGAAGGUAGUCCAAAUAUUGUACCUGUGCACGGUAUUGAGAAAAUGUUAAAUAUCUGCGUAUGUAAAAUUUAAAAGCACAGGAUAAAAUAUCUAUAUGAAGCAUUUGUAGAGUUUAACAUGCUUACUAUCACAAGGCCGGUGAUGGCGCAGCAGAGGCACCUGUUGUGUACACAGAUUCCAGGUAGCAGUUAAUGUGUUAUACUCGUACAAAAUAAUUUAAAAAUGGUUAAGUGUUUGCUGUGAUUGGAAUCGUUCAGGUACAGACUAUGAAAUUGUUAUAUUAUUCCAGAAUAAAUCAUCAGAUAAUGAACUACACACAUUUCAAUGUACUACUCAUUUAUCUCCAAAGUAGGACCAUUUUUGACACUGAUGAUGCAGAGCAAAGAUCUGUACUUCCAUAGCAGCAGUUGUAAGGCCCAAUAGCCUGAAAAGAUGAAACAUGAUUUCAGAUUUCUGCAGAUACAAUAAACAUUUACUCAGGCACAAAUAUAAACAUUGGUUAAUGUCCA